GUGAAAUCUUGGAGCUGGCGAGUCAUCCUAGACCCAGGCUUUUUGGUUUAGCUCACGGUAUGUUCACUUUUUCUGUCUUCAAUGUGUCUUUCAUCUCAAAUUCACCAACUAAGCGUGUAUCGCACGCAGACCACGUUCUUUUCGAUUCCCGCCUAAUGGAUCUCGCUAUCAGAAGCGAUACCCAGGCCCAGAGUGAUACUGUCAGAUCCUCUCCAAGCACUCCUAAUCUGCGACAAAACGCUGCGAGACAGAGUGACAAGAGUAAAAAAACCUCGAGUCUGCGCGGGCUCUUCACCUCCAAGUCCAAAGACACCAAAGGGUUAGUUUCACCCACUCAGCCUAGCAUUUCUGCUUGCAAAAUCCGCGUAUGGAGAGUGAAUGACGGAAUGAACAGGUCCAAUAUCAAAAUAAUUCCAAUGAAAGCAGCCGUGGAAUCUCCUUCCAAGGGAAGUACCAGUAACAAACUUAGAAAGUCGACCGACUCGAACCGGCGCCUUGACAUCAGCAAUCCUCCUUUGAGUCCGUCUAAGUCAUCUGGCAGUGGAUCGAGUAGACGUUCUCUGAGAGAGUUGCGCAGCAAAGCUAGCAUAAGAUUCGGAAAUAGUAAGGCAGCUGAAGACAAGGAGACUGUGGGUAAGUGGACAGCAUCAACAUAAAUAUGAGAUUCAUGCUCAUUCAUCGCAGAAAAUGGCAAGAAACGGGACUCUUCUACGACUACAUAUGAAGAUCCCAAGCUCGAGCUCAAGGUUGGUUAAUCAUA